UCUGCCUUGGAACAGGUGUAACACACAUGGGGCAAUCGCAGUCCACCAGGAACCAUGAGGAUGAUGGGGAAUCAGCCGAGGGCACCAGGACAGACUAUUAUGAGCUUCUACGAGUGGAUUCAGAUGCCACUGGGGAGGAGAUAAAAAAGGCGUAUAAAAGAAGAGCACUGGAAUUACACCCUGAUCGAAAUUAUGGCAACACGGAAGAAGCAACGCAACUAUUUGCAGAAGUUCAAUCGGCUUACGAAGUUCUCUCGGAUCCCCAGGAGCGUGCGUGGUAUGAUUCGCACCGCCAGGUAUUCCAUGGCAGCCAUGGACAAUUCGAAGAAGCGGGCUAUUCAUAUGAUACCCGCAUGACAACAUCGGAUGACCUUUUCCAGCUGUUCACACGAUUUAGUCCCCGGAUGGACUUUAAUGACUCCCCUGAUGGAUUUUAUGGGGGACUUCGGGACACAUUUGCUCGGCUAGCUGCAGAGGAAAGAGCGGCCUGCAAAUGGGAGAAAACUGACACAGUAGAUUACCCGACGUUUGGUUUCCAUAACGACGGCUUCGAAAACGUGGUGCGGCCAUUUUAUUCUGUAUGGGCUGGCUUUUCCACGAAGAAGUCAUUUGCUUGGAAAGAUGUCUAUCGUUAUUCUGAAGCACCUGAUCGGCGUGUUCGUAGAAUGAUGGAGAAGGAAAACAAACGCCUCCGAGAAGAUGGCAUUCGUGAGUUUAAUGGGGCUGUUCGAGCGUUCGUGGCUUUUGUUAGGAAACGCGAUCCUCGGUACAAACAGAAUGCUCAGAGCGAAUCCCAACGGCAGGAGAGUCUCCGUCAGUCAACUGCCGCGCAGGCUGCUCGAUCACGAGCAGCAAAUUCGGCGAAACUACGUGACCAUGUCCCACAGGACUGGUCUAAAUCAGAGUAUCCUAACGAGGAUCAUUCUGACACACCUGAGGAAGAUGUGGAACAUUUCGAAUGUAUUGUUUGCCACAAGAGGUUUAAAAGCCAGAACCAGGUGGAGGCCCAUGAACGUAGCAAGAAGCAUCUGAGGGCCGUCAAACAACUUCGUUGGGAAAUGAGAGCACAGAAUGAACAACUUGAUUUGGAAGAGGCGCCUUAUAAUGACUACGCGCAGCCAAACGAAGCCAUUCCGGGUGUCACGGCAGUCGAACCACCACAAAGCGAAGCCAGUUACAACCCUAGCGAUGAGGUCUUGGACGCAGCUGUUAAUUCCGGCCCCGAACACAUCCCAGGGGUAUCUUCCGAGCAGGACACCACUGUUGCAACUGCCGCAGAGUCUAACGGAACUUCCUGUUCAUUGCCAGCGAGCCCGGUGAACUCCACGGUCCUCGACGAGGAUGACUAUGUGCCACGGGAGUUCAUUGAGAGCAGACUAGACCCUUUAAAAAUGCCUGCCUCGGGUGGAUGCCAGGGCAACGAGUUUGAUAUGCUGUCCCAGGAUUUGCUGGACUGCAAUCUUGAAGAUGAGUCGCGAGUAAAUGGCAAAAAGCCUGGCAAGGCGAAACAACGGCGGGCUCGAAAAGCACAGCGUCCAAUCGAGCACUCUGGAGAUGUUAAGUGUGCCUCAUGCAAUUCCACCUUCCCUUCCAGGACCCAGCUGUUCGCCCAUUUAAAGGAUAAUUUAAGUCAUGCGCAGCCCCCAUCCGCCGUUGGGGGGCCUAAGAAGGGGAAAGCACGGUUCACAUGACCACGGUCAACUCGGCCUCAGGGGGUCAUUCGCAAAUAUGGAACCU